AUGUCUUUCGAAACCACAGGCACCAUCGCAUCCUUCGGCGGCAAGCUUCUCAAGUUGAAGCACAAGUCCUCAAGCACAAACACCGACAUGGAGCUGAACGUGUUCCUGCCUCCACAAGCACUCAAGUCCGGCGCCAAGGUCCCAGUUCUCUUCUACCUUUCCGGCCUCACAUGCACCGGCAAUAACUGCUCAGAAAAGGGUUUUUUCCAGCACGGCGCAGCCAAACAUGGCAUCGCUGUCGUGUACCCUGAUACUUCACCGAGGGGCUUACAGAUCGAAGGUGAAGACGAGUCAUACGACUUCGGGUCAGGCGCAGGUUUCUACGUCGAUGCCACCAAGGAGCCAUGGUCAAAGGGCUACAACAUGUACUCAUACAUCACCAAAGAGCUCCCCGAAGCGCUGUUCUCGUCUUUCAAAGAGCUAGAUUCCAGCAAAGUCAGCAUCACAGGGCACAGCAUGGGUGGACACGGCGCAUUGACACUGUUCCUCAAGAACCCCGGCAUGUACAAGUCUGUCUCUGCAUUCGCACCCAUCGCCAACCCCAUCAACUGCCCAUGGGGCCAAAAAGCUUUCAAGGGAUACUUUGGCGAGGACCAGCAACAAAAGUGGAAGGAGCAUGAUGCGUCAGAGCUGGUCAAGCAAUGGAAGGGUCCUCUUGAGAUGCUCAUCGAUGUGGGCACUGGAGACAACUUCUAUAAGCAAGGCCAGCUUCUACCGGAGAACUUCGUCAAGGCAGCCAAGGAAGCUGGCAAUGACAAGGGCAUUCAACUGCGCAUGCAGCCCGAUUACGAUCACAGCUACUACUUCAUGGCCACAUUUGCUGACGAUCACGUCGAGUGGGCGGCGAAGCAUCUAGGCGCAUAG